AUCCUGAAAAUUAAAUCCUUUUCUCUUCAGCUGGUAUCACACACUGAGUUUGAAAGGUGGACACAUGUUUGUGGAGGACAUGUUGUCUUACUCACAUUCUGUCUUCUUUCCUGAUCUUAUUCUGAUCAAACCCAUUCAUUCCUCAAAGAGGGUCAGGUGAUGGAAGAAUUGCAGUUGCUGUGGGAUAGGUGUGAUUAUAACUAGCUAUGAUUUCUGUCCUAGGUCUCCUUGGCAAAGCCUUUAUUUUCCCAGAAGAAACAGACACUAGCUAUGUUGUCCUGUCUCCAGCACAGCCCUUGAGUCUUGGAGCAUUCACACUUUGCAUGAAAGUGGCCUCAGAGUUACCGCCCAAUCGGGAAAUCAUUCUUUUCUCCUACCGCACCAAGUACUAUGACGAACUCAAUGUGUGGCAAGAGUUUAAUGGCACCUUUAGUUUGUACCUGAGUGGUCCUGGAGUGCACUUCACUCUCCCCAAACUCAGCACCUUUGGGAGUCACAUGUGUGUGACCUGGGAAUCCAAAUCUGGUCUCACAGCCUUUUGGGUAAAUGGUAAAAGGAGCUUAAGAAAAGUGCUGAGACCAGGGCAUAGGAUCCAACCACAGGGCAUUGUCAUGUUGGGGCAAGAUCCGGACACAUUCUGGGGCAGCUUUGAGAAGGCCCAAAGCUUUGUGGGAGAAAUAAGUGACCUUUAUAUGUGGGACCGUGUCUUAUCACCCUCCAUUAUCCAGAAUGUUUACCUGGACCACUCAUUUCCCAAGGGAAAUAUUUUUGACUGGAAAUCAUUAUCAUAUAAGUGUACGGGAAAUGUGAUUGUGCCAUCCAAACUGUAACUGGAGUGUAAUGUGAAUGAAAGGGCUUCUGACAUUCUUUGUUUCAUUUCUCCUACGUGUGCACAAGAAAUAAAACAGAACAAGGAAUAGAGUGGAAAACUCUAGAAAUUUA